AGUGUGUUUUGUAUCGUGUUGGUGUGCGGAGUGUUUUCCUUGCAUCUCUGGACGCAUUAUCAGUUUUCCCGGGUGUUUUUGUCGGAGUUUCCUAACCACCUUUUUGCAAAAGUGUUUGGAGGUGUUCAGUGGUCAGAUUAGGUGAUUUUGAGGACAGUUCAGGGAGACGACAGUGGAUUAAAGAGAGGUCUGGGAGAGUUUGACCGUGGAACAAGAACAACACUGAGGAUCGUUGGCACUUGGUAGAAGCAGAGGUAGUAGUCAAAGAGUCAGCGGGUGGAGCAAAUGGCGACACUAAUACCCACAACCCAGACGACGGGUGUCGAAGCGUAUGAAGAUAUGUUCAAGGAGAUCACCAGGAAGUUGUAUGGAGAAGAGACAGGACAUGGUCUUCAUACACUCGGAACUCCGAUGGCUCAUGUAGCCACAACGGGUCCAACAUUGCCCGAAGGGGAGCGAUCCUUUACGACUUUGCCCUUCUUUGCACAGAUGGCCGAUCGCUCGCUCACGACAAUUGAAUAUGAAAAUAAUGCAUCGGAGACUAAUAACACAUUCAAGACAGAAGAUCACAUCACAACGGCCUUUGGUUUGGCAGCCCUCAUGCAAAAUGGUUUCCCGCCACCGGGUGCCAUUUCACACAAUUUCCAGUCAUCUUCGUCAUCGGCAUCGCGCAAUGGCAACAAUUCCUUCAUGGUGAACGAUGAACGAUGGCCAGGAAAUACCGAUGAGUGCUUACCGUGGAAUGCCAAUAAGAAUGCCACUUACAAUUGUACACAGAAAUCCUCCUCGAAGCACAAGGGUAGGGAUUUUGCUGAUGGAGCAAGUGGAGGUGAAUCUGUGGGUGGGGCAUCAGGCGGUGGUGGCCAGAAAGGACAGAGUUCAUCAGUGAGGGGUGGAAAUGCUUCAGGAGGAUCCACCACAAAACGAUACAAUUGCCAAUCUUGCCCCUAUUCCACGGACAGGCGAGAUUUGUUCACGCGCCACGAAAAUAUCCACAAAGAUGAGAAACCAUUCCAUUGCUAUGCCUGCCUUAAGCAAUUCAAUCGGGCGGAUCAUGUGAAAAAGCACUUCCUGAGGAUGCAUCGGGAACUCAAUUAUGACAUCAACAAGACGCGAAAGAGUCAAUCUGGAAGUUCAAGCGGAAGUACAGCAAAGGCAAGCAAUUACAGCAUCAGCGGAACCUCACUUAAUCAGCAGCAGCAACAACAACAACAGCAUAUUAGUGAAUUCCUGGGAUCGAGAUCAACUGGCAGUACUGUUGAGGGUGGAGCCACAAACGGUGGUCAGAAUCCACAGGAAAUGCUACCGCAGAAUCCAUCAAGUGAAGCAGAAGCUCCAGCUGAAAAGAUGCACCUCAGUGAAUCACAGAUGCCGGAAAAGAAGAUGCCCAUGAAGAGCGAGAAGGUUAGCAACAGCGGAGGCAGCAACAGUGGAGGAUCUCAGGCAGCAAAGAAGAAACAAGGUGACAAAAGAUAUGUCUGCUGCUACUGUCCUUGGACCGGAGCUGACAAUUGGGGACUCAAGCGUCACCUAAAUACUCACACUAAACCCUUCGUUUGCAUCAUGUGCGACUACAAAGCAGCCCGUUCCGAACGUCUGGCCACUCAUGUCUUCAAGGUGCACAACAAGAAGGCCUGCAACAAGUGCAAUUUCCUCGCAGACGAUCAGGCACAAUUCAUGAACCAUCAGACUGAAGUUCAUCCCCAUGACUCGAGACCGGCGCGGUCCGGAGGUGGAAGUGCGUCUUGUACAGUUUUAAGAUCGAUUAGCAACUCUUUCGUACAAAAUACAGCAUCUCAAUUAACCAAUAAUACCAAUUCCACAGCAUCUGGCCAUACAUUUUGCUCCCUCACGCACAAUUCCAGCGUGGACAACUGCGGAGGAGCAGCCGCUGGAUCGGGUUACAGUUCCAACAACAACCAGAACUUGAGUGACUUGGGCAUUCAGCAGUGGAGGAGCACAAAUCGCAGCUCCAGUAACUCCACGAAUCAAAAGAAAGGGGCCGAGCGCCUCUUUCAGUACAUGGAAGCUGACGGAAGUGACCCAGAGGACUACAGCCGACAAUUGAGGAUGGCGGCUCUGAGUCGAAAUACCGCUUCAGUCGCCCAGGAUUUUCAUAAUGCGGGGGGCGGAGAUAAAUUGAUUGUUCCACCAUCACUGGCCAUCAUUGGCAGUCUGAUGGAGCAAUUCAUGAUGCAGCAGCAGCAGGUGAGAUGGGAAGAGUCACGUGGGGAUGAGAAUGAGGAAUCUCUUAAUCAGUGUGAGCAAGGAUGUGACUCUUCUGGAGCAAUGAGUAAUUCGCCUCCCGCGAUAAAUCACUAUCAGAAUGGUGGUAGCAAGAAGAACCGACGACGUUCAUGUCAUGACAAGGAAAAUACCAAUUUAAUUCCUCACAAAUGCGACAAAUGGGACGAGAAAAUGUGGAUGAGGGAAAUUAUUGGCAUGUACAAUGCCCAUUUUGGGGCUCAGAGAUCCCGAAAGGGGCAAAUGGUGGGUCAGAAUCGAGGAACAGAGCAGCAGGUAAGAAAGUGUCAAGAGAACAAAGUGGUUGAGGAUUUGGGUGAGAAGAGACAGAGGAAACAGCCUCAACCGCGGAAAAUACCCCAAAAGGAUACAACAAAUGUUGCAAAGAUUCGCGAUAAGCACCUCACGAGGUUGGUUUCGCGUCAGAAAUCCUGCCAGAUCUGUGUAUAUAAGCAUAAAUGUGUUGUGAUGCCAUUUCACUCGAAGGCAUCACUAAUUCUGCACACGCUUUGGCGCCAUUCGCGUCGCUUUCAGUGUCCCACCUGCCAGGAAUCCUUCACGAAACGCUACAGGCUCCUCAUCCACGAGCAAUUAGCGCAUAAAAGACGUACAUUCAGAGUAUUUUCUAGUGUUAACAGAAGCACCAUCUUUGACAAAGACACAUAAUUAGAAAUUUUUGUUUUUGAAUGAAAAUGAAUCAAUUUUACCGACAGAGAUUAUUUGUGUGGGAUAAAUAGAGAGAAAAGAAAAAGAAAAAAAAGAAAUAAGAGUAGAUUUUGUGGGGUUAUUUUAGAGUAUAACUUGAGAAUAAGGAAUUUUGACGGGGAGGAUAAAAGAGAAAAUUCUUAUAGUAAUUAUAUAAAUAUAUAAAAGGAAAAAAAAAUUAAGAUGAAAAAAAAUAGAUAAUACCUUAUAAACAAUAUUAAUUGUAAAACACCAGAUUAAGAACAAUCCAAAUGAUAUUUGAAGAUAAACUUUGACACACACCAACUCACCAGUAGGAGUAUUAUGUAAUUUUUAAGGCAGAAAAAACAGUACCGCCAGAAAGACAUUAUGUAUAUAGUGCUAUAUUUUAAUCACACGCCAUUUUAAAUAGGUUCUAUCAGCAAUUUUUCUUUUUCAGUCAUCACAAGAUGAUUUUUACCAUUGCAUUUAUAAAUCUCAAAUAAUGUAAUUAAUGUCGAGAGUUUAGUGAUAUUUUCCUUCAAUUUGAUUUAUAACCGAGAACUAUAAUGUCUCGUAUGUGCAAUCAGAAAGGUGUUUGAGGUAGAUUGGGAUGGGAAGUUUGAUAAGACAGUGACUGAAAAUGUGAAAACAACAAUAUUCCCUUUGAAAUCAAACAGCAAAAUUUCAAGUUUAUUAGGUCAUUUAUGACCCAUCAAAUUCAAUUUCCAAAUAUUUACAAGGUUAGACAAAUCGUCGGUUGCAUCAGCCGUUGUCGUAUCUGCAUCUGUUUUGUGUCUGCAUUUGAUGCAAGCUACGAUACAGAGCGUUAAAAUAUUAAGAAAAGCCGGAAAGAGAAGUAUAUAGUAUGCAAAAUUUCAAAUGGAAAAUCACGUGUGUUAGAAAGAGUACACUCUAGUGGAGUAAUACGAUGAGUAAGAUAUUACUCAUUCACGAUUUCACCACUGAUGAAGGUGCGUUGUAGCGUCGAAAGCUUUGGCAAAAACAUUCGUGUUUUCCUGUUCUGAAAGGAUAACCACCCCUGACGCACCCCGAGGGAGUUUAUCUCCUUGAUUCUCAAGAUACGUCUUACGUCAGUGCUAUUUCAAUCAAUAAGAUAUUACUGUGAGAAUGAAUUUGGAUUUUGGAAUGAUUUCACUGGGAACGUAGUACUCGAUCAGUAGAACAAAUAUUAUUAGACAGAGUUCUGUUCAAGGGAGGAGACGUACUGAAGUUACAUAGUACUGAAUUAAACCAUUUAUUAAAUUAAAGAGUUUUCCCUCGAUAUCCCCCUUUCCCAAAUCUUACAUAGGGGCUCAACCGGAAUAGGAGUAGAAUAUUGCUGGCAAAAAUAAAAAAAGACGUGGAAUUUUGAGGAGGUCGAUAAAUAAAAUGAGUGGAGAAAAACGAUGAAAAAUUAAUGAAAAGACGUGGUAUGAAGUAGAAGACGCGAAAAGAACAAUUAUAGAUGAAAAGACUGCAAAAGCACAAGAAAUGAGAACAAAGAUUGCGAAGACAACGAAAGACGGCAACUGCUGAAGAGUUACAAGAAGACGAAAGACGGUAACUGCGGAAGAGUUGCAAUAAGACGAAAAACGGCAACUGCUGAAGAGUUACAAGAACACGAAAGACGGCAACUGCUGAAGAGUUACAAGAAGACGAAAGACGGUAACUGCGGAAGAGUUGCAAUAAGACGAAAGACGGAAAUUGCUGAAGGGUUACAAGAAGACGAAAAACGACAACUGCUGAAGGGUUACAAGAAGACGAAAGACGGCAACUGCUGAAGGGUUACAAGAAGACGAAAGACGGUAACUGCGAAAGAGUUGCAUGAACACGAAAGACGGUAACUGUGGAACGAAUGAUGAAAGAUGAGAAGCUUUAAGGAAUUAGUUAUUUGUCUUACCAAGUAUGGACUUGUGAAAGAAUGUGAAAAGAGAAAUUUGCCUUUCAAUGGCAAGAAAAAGGAUUUUGCACGACGAAUUGUGCAAUACGACGAAUUAUUGAACUUUUUGACGAAGAAAGGACUUAUCUAUCAAUGCGUGAAGAGAAAUUUGUCUUGUGAUGGAAAUGAAGAAGACCUUGCACUGAGCAUUGUGCAACAUGAUGAAGCUUUAAUUGAUUUCCAGAAGAGUGAACUAAUGAUCAAUGAAGAAAAGGGCGUCUCAAGGAUGCUUCAAGUGUUGGUUUAGGACAAAGAUGAAGAUGAAACUCCAAAUAUGGAAAAUAAGAAGGAAGAAAUCUUUGAUGAUGACAAUUGGAUUAGGCAGAUUCGAUGUGACGAAUAUGAGAGUGAUAAGGAGAAAUUAGUUGAUGAAGCUAAAGAUGUCUACGACGAGUGUGAAGAUGAAGCUUAUAAGACGGAAUUAACGAAAAAAGAUGACUGUGGAGAUGAGAAUUUGAUCAAACUGAUACAAUGCGAAAAAUAUGAGCCUGAAGUUGUGGAAAAAUUACAAGCAGAAGUUGAAGACGAGAUCGCCUCAUGUUAACCAAAGAAGACGAGAUCAAAAAAAAGAAGAUGCGAGCGUAAGGACAUCUCAAAGAAGAUACAGCUGAAGACGAAACAGCGAAAGAAUGGAGAAACUUUGAAUAUUUCAAGAAGGAAUGACACAAAACCGUUAAACAUUACCAAAAUGGACAGACGACGCAAGAAGAAGUGGGGAGUGAUCUUUUCAUGCUUGGCAAUUGCUGUAACUUAUUGCCAUGAAGGGCCGUGUGGGAAUGAAUUUGGAAUUUGGAAUGAUUUCACUGGGAACGUAGUACCCGAUCAGUAAUAUAUUAGAUGAGCACAUAUAUUCUGUCAGUAGAAGAGGUCGAAAGUUUGGAGUGGUAUAUCUCAGCUCCUGAUGAAUAUAAUUGAAUAAGUGAACUAUUGUUGGAAAGCUUGGCUCAUUAGCUCUUAGAAUCUGGUAUAAGCAAUAUGCUAUGGGUAAACAAUGGUCAUCCAGAACCAUUUAUGUCGAAGAAGACAUUUUUUACAACGUCAUUUUUGGCCAUCUACUCCUGAGAGCAGGAAUGACCCACGAUUCUCGGACAUGGACUAUUUGUUAGAGGAACUCAAAGGGUAUAAUUUGUGGAAGAAACUUUUUUUGGACAUCUCACUUUUUUUUAUUCAUUGACUUUUGCAAGAAUUUUGAAAUGUUAAACGCAAGGAAAAAAAUACAGAAAUCCUUCUAUCCCAUUUUCUGUGCAAACUGAUGAAGAUAUUGACUUGGAAUGUUCUCAGUAUCCCCCCAUAAGUUGAUCCAAGGAAUCCAAAUGUCAUUUCGAUUUCAUCUUAACGUCUAUCCUUCCCCUCCAGAAAUCACUCUUUUAGGAAUAUCUCAAGAACCAGACCAUCGAUGCAUUUCAUUUUUGAAUAUGUUUUAGAGAGUGUCCUAGGGGACAUUUCAUCCAUACAUCUCAAAGACGUCCGACCUCUUCUUGCACAUGCUAAUAAUCAGUUCAGAAGAGCAGAACUUCUUUUGAUCAAUUUUCUGGCCAAAGAGACAAAGUUAGCGACUUUGAUUGUUCUGAGUAGUCCCUAAAAGUCAAUCUAAGGAAUCGAAACAGCACAUGCAUUUGCCUCUCAUCCCACUCCUUGUCCUCCAGAAACCACUCUUUUGGGAAUAUUUCCAGAAAUAAACCAUCGAUCCUUUCCAUUUUUGGAUAUGUUUUUGACAUGGCCAAGGCGGACAUUUCGUCCUCAGACACCAAUAUCUACAAUAUCUAUCUCAUCUACAAUCUAUCUAUCGAUCUAUCCAUACAAUCUAAGUUUUUCUGGGCAUUUUGUUAACAUUUCUGAGACACAGAAAACUUCCUAUCCAUACCAACCAUUCUGAUUGCAAUGAGACAUCUUGAUAAAAAAAAGAAAGACAAGACCAAGACGGCACAACGAAGUAUAAUUUAAUUUUUCAUAGUAAACACCAUUUAUCGCAUUUUUUUGGUCGCACAAUCAUAUCUCUGGGGAAUCUCGAGGGAAUCACCUGAAGAUUGUCGGACCGUGAUUGAGAAGUUCUGUGUGCAAAAUUGGGCUUUUAUUUCUAUCGCAAAAGCGUGAUUAAUCGACAAAUUGGUCGUUCCAGGCGGGCACUGAAGAGUCAUAGGCGGCCUGGAAGAAGUUUCCGGCCACCAACUCAAGCCCAUACCUGGCUACGAAGGAAUCCAGAGCGAAGUUUCGUCUCAGGGAUGCAUUUGUGCUGGGAAUUCGGGGUUCGUUGAAAAGAGUUCUUCCAUUGGGUUGAUGAUAGAGCAGGAAGAUGUAACGAUGGUAGCCAGUACUCUGGGCAGGACCGGCUCCAACAUAUUCAGCCACAGUUUCUCCCAUGUGCAAUCCGUAGGCUAAACGGUGUCCGGGAAUAUUGACUGCCAUGAAAUGCAAGAAGUUUGCCUCAAAGGGAUUAUCUCGGCUUGGAGCAUCAGGAUCGAUCAUCACGAGGCUGUAGAAGCCAGUAAGUCUCACUCCGCAAAAUAGGCAUUUUACCACACUCGGAAGAUUCCUCACAGAUGUGGGAGUGAGUUCUUCUCCCAGAGAAACCCGAUUGAAAAUACUAUAAAUAACUUCUAGUUGAUGCUCAGGAGCCACUGGAAUUACAUUUGGCACAAUUUGAGAUGCCCGAAAAAUUCCAGGAACAUCUGGGCCAAGAAAAGCCCGUGUCCCGGAAAGAGCGGACAAGAAAAUAAGAACCAAAAUACUCUUCAUUUCACAGUAAACUCGUCCCAACACAAUGCAUCCCGAGAGCUUUUAUAGUAAUUUCCUAGUCGUGGAAAUGGAAGAUAAGAGCCCAAACUUGCAGAUAAGAACAUGUACUAAGUGACGACAGAGAUUUAUUUGGAAAAUUGCGUGAAAAAUUGGGGUUUGACUGUGCAAAUAGAGGACUCUUUUACUCUCUCUCUCUCUUCUAAAUGAUUCAUGACAAUUUAAUUUAUUGCGUAUAUAUAUGGCCAUUUCUGACAUGUUGUCUCUCCUACAAUUAAUUGAUAAACAAUGUGUAAAUGUUAUAAUUUCACUAUAAGAAGGAAAAUAAAGAGGAAGAAUGUAAUAAAA